AUUAUAAAAAAGAAAAAAAAUAAAAUUUCAAACACCACUGCCGCCGUCUCUGCACCUAACUCACCGUCGCCGCCGCAUCCUAAUGGACGACGACGUUUUAAUGGAAGGAAUCUACGGUGAAGAAGAAGAAGAAGGAAUUAUUAACAAUAAUAAUAAUAAUAAAACAAACAGAAGAAAAAGAAAAGGCAACAACAGCCAACAAAACGACAGAAACAUAAAAGGAAUAAUGUUAUCAAUUACAAAACCUAGUUAUACUUUGAAAAACACAGGACGUAAUGUUCGGAGUUUACGUUGUCAACAUCGGAGUAGACUCCGGUACCUUCUCCAGCAACUUGUCCGCCGUCAAAAUUGGUCGGAAGCAUCAGGCGUCUUAAGUCUCUUGUUGAAAGCAACCAUUAAGGAUAACUGUUUGUUAUCAAACAGGACUAAAUAUUGGGCUGCAUUAGAGCUUUUACAUCAUAUGGGAUCCGCAAAAGUUAAACCAAGAAGAAUCCAGCAGCUUUACGAUAUAUCCAUGAGAAAAAGCUAUGCGGGUACAAAAAAUAAGCGCGCUUUCUUCAAGCAGGGUAGGUUUGAUGUACAGUUAGAAUAUCUUCUAUUCUGUCUUUGGCAAGGCGACACUGAUGGUGCCUACCAGGUUGUGAUGAGUCUUCUGCAAGAAAGUGGCUUCACAAGUGACCCCAUCGCAAAUUUGGUUGUUGGGUUGGCCUAUUCUCAUCUAUGGUACAAUGCUAUUCAGAAAGAAAUAGGCUUACAUGAUUCACUCGAGUCUAGUUCUCCAAUCCAGUCAAUGUCUGAGCCUCAACAGAGCAUGUCCCACAAUCAUUCUGAUGAACAAAGUGCUGUUGAGGUUCUAGCAUGCAGUUCUUCGUUACAGAAUUCAAAUACCUCCAUCAGAAUUGACAAAGUAUUUGAUCCUGAAAAAGUUGUUGAUCAAGAUAGAGUAGUUCCAAUGGAGGUUGACUAUAACCUGAAAAAAGUACCCGAGUAUGAAGAACUCGAUAUGGACCCUGCUGAGAGUGAUCAAACUGGCAAUGCUUCUCAGUUUCCUCAUACUGGGAACAAACGAUAUGGUUCGAUAUUAUAUGCUCGUGAUUUAGACUAUAUGCUGAUGCCUAUAAGACAACCCAUCACAAAUAACUUUGAGGAUUUUAUUUCUCUCCAAAGGGGAAUACAAACUGAUCACUAUAAGGCUGCAGUGAAGCAUUUACGUGUCGCUCUUCAUUCUACUCCUCCAGCUUUUGAAGCUUUACUCCCUCUAAUACAGAUACUGUUGUUUGGGGAUCAAGUCAAAGAAGCUAUAGAAGAGGUUGAAAGUAUUGUUCAAAAUUCUGAUGCUGCACUUCCCUUUAGACUCAGAGCUAGUUUGCUGGAGCAUUUUUCCAAUGAGGGUGCAAACAAACUGGCCAUUUGCUUUGAGGAUGCAUUAAGAAAGGAUCCAACUUGUAGCCACUCAUUGACAAAGCUAAUAAAAUUGCAUCAUGAUGGAUAUUACAGCGUAGAAAAGUUGGUAGAGAUGAUUGCUUUGCAUUUAGAUGCUACCUAUGCAGACUCUGAAGUUUGGAAAGAGUUUGCUUCUUGCUUUAUCACGCUUUCCCAAAUUGACGAGGAUAGGAUGUCAACUUGUGAGAAAAGCUAUGGGGAUAGUUACACAAAGUGUUCCAAGAAUCCUCUUGAUGUGUUCAAAGACAAUUUGUCGAGAAAGAGCUGGAAAUUACGUUGUCGAUGGUGGAUGAACCGUCACUUUACCCAAACCAUACUUGCAUCAGAAAUUGCCUCAGGUAAUAUGGAUCUUGUAGCAUACAAAGCCGCUUCGGCAUGCCAUCUUUAUGGUCCAGAAUUUGUGUACGUCGUGAAGGCUCAUAAAUAUUUGAAAAAGAAACGGUAUCAAGGUAGGCCAGUCUUAAAAAUACACAUGGAACAAGCUGUCAAGUUUUACCCCGCAUAGGAGGUUUUACUAGUCACAGAAAACAACAGUGCAAUACGGAAUGGCUGGAUACUGCGGGCCUAAAUAUCACUUUCCUCUUUUGUUAAUCUUUUGAAAGAAAAGAAAGGAGAAUUUGGAAGCAAUAAUCAUAUUCAUAUUCGGGCAUUGCUUACUCAUCAUAAUUAAGGGAUGGAAGUUUGAAAGGAACUUUUUUGCAAGUCUUUAUGAUGCUUUAAUACAAGUAAGCACGCCAGCAGGCAAGACAAUUAAUUCAAGCACUCACAGAACUGGAAGCAGCCCUAUCUUUAAGUUUAUGGUGUUGGCCCAUAAACUUGAUUUUUGAAUACGAUGAUGGCGAAAUUUUGUGUAGCAUACUGUAAAUUGAACUGAUGGUGGUUUCAGAAUAGCAUCAAAAUGUAUUUGAUAGUGUAGUUUUUAAUUUAUGCAUUAUCAAAGUUUUGUUGCAAGCAUUGUAUUUUUUUUAAUUAUGCAUUUGUUUGACCAA